UGCUGAGCCCUCCAAUUUAACAAAUUAACUAAUUUUCAAGAAAAAAAAAAGUAAAUAACACAAGUACACAACAAAAAGCACAUUAAACAAAAAAAAUGAUUGGAAUCAGCUUGUGAACAUUCAACACGUGUCAAGAUCUUAGCUAAACUAAGCAGGUCGGCAGUCAGUAAAGUAGUAGUAACUCUAGAACGUACUCCACCCACUCUUCCAGAAACUUCUGGGAAACUCCUGGUCAGAAUUGAUCGAGCAAUGUUGUGGCUCAGAAUCUGCCACUUGUCAUAAUAUUCCACAUCACUAUCCUACGUGGCACACGGGUUGCUCCGAUAAUGAUACGCCCCCCUUUUUAUUCGUCUCCUCCACCCCCAAUUUCAAUUUCUCCUAAAUUAGGGCACACUUUCUCUCUCCUCUGAAAUAUUUAUUUUUGCUCCUGUAAAUCGCAAACUACAAAGAAACUGAGGUUUUUGCUGGGUUUUUUUGGUGGGGUUUUGCUUAAAUUUUUUGGGGAUUUUUUUUAAUUUGAUUUUUGGCUGGAUAUUCUGUUUAUAAUUUUUUUAGUUGGGAUUUUCUCUGUUAUCGAUUUGGGGGGAGGAAGAAGGGUGCCAUGAAUGGUGGGGAGGGAGAAGGAGGAGGAAGUGAGAUGCAAAUGGAGGUAGAAAUGGGGGAGGAGGAGAGAGAAAGAAGGGUGUAUAUGUGGGGGUAUUUACCGGGAGCAUUGCCGCAAAGAACGCCGUUACAGUCGCCGAUUAUUGUGAAGCUUCCGCCGUCGAUUGGAACUUUCUGGAAGGAUGUUUGUGGUGGUGGUUGUGGUUUCGCCAUGGCCAUUUCUGAUACUGGGAAGCUGAUAACUUGGGGGUCUACUGAUGAUUUAGGGCAGAGUUAUGUGACUUCUGGAAAACAUGGGGAAACGCCAGAGGCUUUUCCACUUCCUACAGAAGCUCCCAUUGUUAGGGCAGCUGCUGGUUGGGCACAUUGUGUUUCAAUUACAGACGGCGGAGAAGUUUAUACUUGGGGAUGGAAGGAGUGUGUUCCCUCGGGGAAGGUUUUCGGAGAUUCUUCUUCUGGAGGAGGUUUAGAGAAGGAGGCGCUUGAAAAAUCAAGUUCGAUGUUUCCCGAACAAGUUAGCCCCCGAGGGUCAAAAAAUGCUAGUGGUAGUGGGUUAGGAACCGGUUUUGACAAUAAAGGAGCAGGAGAAGAAACUGCGAAGCGAAGACGAGUUUCAUCAGCUAAACAAGCUGCUGAAAGCUCCACAACUAGUGAAGAAACUCUCUCAGCAUUGCCCUGUCUAGUGACACUUAGCCCAGGAGUGAGAAUAUCAACUGUUGCUGCUGGGGGCAGGCAUACUCUAGCAUUGUCAGCUUCAGAUGUAGGACAAGUGUGGGGUUGGGGCUAUGGAGGAGAAGGACAACUGGGCUUGGGUUCAAGGAUUCGAAUGGUAUCAUCUCCACAUCCUGUACCGUGUAUAGAGUCUUCUUAUAGGAAGGACGGACAUUCAGGGUUUUCUCAAGGUGGCUUAAACUCGGAUGGCCAUGGAUUUAGAGUUCCUGGGUCAUACAUCAAGGGCAUUGCCUGCGGGGGACGACACAGUGCGGCAAUAACAGAUGCUGGAGCAAUCCUAGCCUUUGGUUGGGGCCUCUAUGGACAGUGCGGGCAAGGUGCCACUGAUGAUGUGCUAAGCCCUACUUGUGUAUCCUCGUUGCUUGGUAUUCGAAUUGAGGCAGCUGCGGCAGGCUUAUGGCACACACUCUGUAAAUCUACGGAGGGCGAUGUUUAUGCCUUUGGAGGGAAUCAAUUUGGGCAGUUGGGAACUGGUUCUGACCAAGCUGAGACUCUCCCAAGGCUGUUGGAUGCACCAAGCAUAGAAAGUGUUAAUGCAAAAAUAGUAUCUUGCGGGGCACGUCAUAGUGCCAUAGUUACAGAGGACGGGAAAGUUUUCUGUUGGGGCUGGAACAAGUAUGGACAGCUUGGAUUGGGGGAUGCAAUUGAUCGCAAUAUUCCAUCUCAAGUAAAGAUUGACGGUUGUGUGGCGAAAAACGUGGCGUGUGGCUGGUGGCAUACACUCUUACUAGCAGAGUCUCCCACUUGAGCUAGGGAACUUAGCUAGCCGUGGCUCAGUUUUGUUAGGUUAGCAGCUUAAGUUAAGUGAUUGGGGUAUUAAAGUGAUUUAUAUGAAUCUCUGUAAAUAGGGAAGCAUAGGCUCCGUUUGUAUACAGUUGUGCGUGUGAUCAUUCUUUUCAUGGGGUAGGCUUUGAUAUUUAGCUUCAGUCUCUUUGCUUUUCUGAUGAAGACCAAUGUACUAUAGAUUUUGGUCAAUCCUGUACAUUAGCUUAUCUUGAUUUGGCAACUCAUGAAAACGCCAUUGUAAUCAUGCAAGGGUGUAAACUAUUGUCUGGGAUUUCAAUAAAGAGCACUUCUUGUACUAGUAA